AUGGAGGAACCCAAAUGUGAUAUAUUAUAUGAGCACAUGAACUAUGAAAAAAAAAUGAAACUAAUAAAUGUAGCAAAGGAAAUAUACAAUAACAUAAAUAAUAAUAAAAUUAAUUCUUGGAGAGGUGCAUCAAUAGCCUUACGAGAUAAAAUAAAAGAAACUUUGGAUUUUAAUGAAAAAGGAUGGCAUAUAAUUGUUGGAUAUAAGUUUGGAUUUUUUUGUACCCAUGAAAUAUUUAAUGCUUUACAUUUUAAAUUAGAUCAUGUCGAGUUUUUAAUUUUCAAGCAUGGUUAA